UCAAAAAUUAUCCGGCUUAAUUUUAACAUUGCAUUUUUUUAAUGUUUAAUGUUUGAGUUUUUAAAAGGCGUUUUAUCGAUACCGGUGUUUUGGGGGGGGCGAGCCGACAGAACAUAAGUCCUACAUAACUCAUAAGUUCAGAACGGUGUCAAAACAAUAUGGCCAUAGGUUGUCGCCGUACUGUCCUUUGUUGAGCGCAUGUCGCCUACUUCUGUUGGUCCUCCAGUAAUUUUCUCAUUUGAAGACCUUCGUAAUUGAAUCUAUGCGGUCCUCGCUUCGCUUUCAAAUCCAAGGCAGGACGUAAAACGACAGAAUGGUCGCUCCUGAUAACCUGAUGGAAUCACCAAUGGAAAGAUCCGCGACAAAAGAUACAAAUUCGGAUUUGACAAAUGGGAACCAAACAAAGAAUGAAGGUCAGGUCGUGAUCGAGGAAGUGCACAAACAACCGUCGUAUGUGGCUCUUGCAUGCUGCAUUAGUGGAUAUAAAACGUUGAGUUAUGACUCCAAAAAGAGGCACCGCCUGAGGUCCCGGACUGUCAGUCCAAUAAGAGUUGAAGGUAAUCAGAAUGCUUCAUUUACCAAUCAGCGAGGAAAUUAUUUAUCGUCAGUACCUACAAGAAUAAACUCACAAAUGCAGUCUCAGGGGAAAGAUAUUCUGAACGGAGGUCUUGGUGUUGCCAACAUGCCAGUCACCCAAGAAAACCGCAAUUACAGAACUUCGUUAGUGAAAGAAAGCUAUUCAUCUUACAAUACAACAACUUCGAGGUAUUCAUCUUACACCGAGACUGAAUAUUCGACAAACGGAGAGCAUAUUAAAGGAUCAAGGCUGAUAACUCCGACAAAUAUUAACGAGCAGUUACCCCCUUCUUCAUUCAUAGUGCAAAGGGUCGAAAGGCUGUAUGGCCCAGGUGCUCUUGCUCAGGGUUUUUAUACCUCACGAAAAGUAAACGCGAAUAGAGAACCUCCACCAACCCAGGAAACAUCACUAUAUUCAAUGACAUUGCCUGACCAGAAUGAAGCAUCACUACCUGUUCUUAAACUACUUCGGCCAGAAUUUCGGGCCCAGUUGGCUGUUGCCAACAGAAAGACUCGUGCAUCUACUCCUGAUAAGUAUAGAUCUGUGGAUGAAGAUUCAUCUAUGGACAGAAAGGCGAAAGCUAGGGAUGACGUUGAUGCUACAGCACUUCCAGUAACAUCACCAUUAAUUGAAGUUAAAGAUGGACAUUAUUAUCUCAAGCUCCUUUCUGACCAAGUGAAUCUACUUGAGAGCCUUGCCGUAAAGGCCGAAAAAGAGCUUGAAACAUGUGAUAAUGAAGAUGCCAGUGGUGUACUUCGUGCUGCAGCCGGCAAGGCAAGACUCUUAGUCUCACAAAAAUUGAAUCAAUUUAAGGGCCUCUGCAAGAAAAACAUAGAACGUUCAACGGGUGAGCAUUUUCCGACGACUGAUGAAGAUCUAGCAGGCUUCUGGGAUAUGGUCAUGAUACAAGUUAACGAUGUUCUGGCCCAAUUUGAUAAAAUUGCUGAGAUGAAGAAAAACAAUUGGAAAUGUGUGGAUAAAAAACCCGAAAUGUUAAGACCGGGCAAUCGGGCUGCAACUAGCACACGCAAAAUGGCGAAAAAGAAUGAAUUAAAGGAUGCCCCAUCGAUGAAGGCAAGAGACGAAGCUAGGAAAAAAUUAAUCGAGGAGAGGAGAAAAGCCUUAAAAGAGGACAAGGAAAAAAUGAAUUCAGAUGUUCUUUUAUUAUAAAAUUAAAACAAUUAAAUAAGCCUUAACA